CCUCCCAAAAUCAGAAUAGAUUGGUUGGAGGAUUAUCUGGCUGUCAGACGCACAGGGCGCGCGGCUGUCGCAGGCACGCAAACAUCUGAACAACUCAAGACUGGAAUAAAAACUCUCAUUAGUGGAUUUGUGUCAUUUAAUAGUUAUCCUGAUCAUUUCACUGGAAACGGUCCAAGAGGUGUGAAGAAUGCGUCGCACCUCAGCCUGGAUUGGUUGGGCGCUGUGUUUGUGCGCAUCUUUGGCCGUGAGCGCGCAGAAUUACCCCGAGGACGACGAGAUGAACCUGGAUCUGAUCCGUGAGGACGGGACUCAACCUGAAUCCGGAGCCGAGCCCGAGUUCCUCAGGUGCAACAAGGUAGCAUGGCGCGUGCCCGGUCAGUACCUGGUCAUCCUGCGUCAGGGCACGCACGAGUCUCACGUUCAUAAGACCGUUAGGAGGCUGAAAGCCAAAGCGGCCAGGAGAGGUUACCCGCUGGAGAUCCUGCAGACCUACUCUGGAGCUCUGCGUGGCUUCCUGGUCAAGAUGAGCAGCGACGUCCUUCACCUGGUGAUGAAGCUCCCUCACGUCCACUACAUAGAGGAGGACUCAUCCAUCUUUGCUCAGAGCGCCCCCUGGAACCUUCAGAGGUUACUGCAGCCCCACGGUAGCAGCUCUGAAAAUGCAACAUACCAACCUCCCAAUGAUGGAAGGAUGGCGGAGGUGUAUCUGAUGGAUGGCAGUGUUCAGAGUUCUCACAGAGAGGUUGAAGGACGAGUGCUCAUCACAGACUUCAACGACGUCCCUGAGGAGGAUGGAGUCAGAGUCCAUAGACAGGCCAGUCAGUGCAACAGCCAUGGCACACACAUUGCUGGGGUUGUAAGUGGGUCAGACUCUGGUGUCGCUCGAGGGGCUGGAAUUAAUCUGGUCCGUGUGCUCAACUGUCAGGGGAAAGGAACCGUAUCAGGAGCUCUGGCAGGUAUGGAGUAUAUCCGAGCAACUUUACUGGCCCGUCCUAUGAAUGCUGUGGUUGUUCUGCUGCCUUUCAUCGGUGGCUUCAGUCGUUCGUUAAACGCGGCGUGUCGGGACAUGGUGGCUAACGGAGCUGUGGUCAUUGCUGCUGCAGGGAAUUACAGAGAGGAUGCCUGUCUCUACUCGCCUGCCUCAGAGCCUGAGGUCAUCACAGUGGGGGCAGUAAACGCAGCAGACCAGCUCAUGUCACAGGGAGCGGGUGGCACUAACUUCGGCCGCUGCGUUGAUUUGUUUGCACCCGGCGAUGACAUUGUUAGUGCGAGCAGCGACUGCAGCACCUGUUUCACCACCAGAAGUGGAACCUCCCAAGCUGCUGCUCAUGCUGCAGGUGUAGCAGCAGUGAUCUUGUCGUCCAAUCAGAACAUGUCACCGGUGCAGGUCCUGCAGACGAUGCUGCAUCACUCCAUUGGCAACACAGUCAACCUCCUCUCUCUGUCUGACACACAUCGUCUCACUACUCCAAACCUGGUAGCAGCUAUGCCUCCAGCCAACAGCACAACAAAUGGGGAGCUUCUGUGUCGGUCUGUGUGGUCAGAGAGGUCAGGGGUCAUGAGCAGCGACAGGGCUGUCAGUCGCUGUCGUCAGGGGGAGGAGAUGAUGGGCUGCAGCAGCUACGCUCCUGAUGGUGUUCGUGUGGGAGAGACCAUCACUAUGAACAGCGAGCAGAUGGAGUGUGUUGCCUAUAACGGUCUGGGGGGCAAAGGUGUGUACGCUGUGGCCCGUUGUUGUGUGAUAGGCGGUCUGCGGUGCCAGGCCCAUGCUAGUCCUGAGCCCGGGCAAGAUGCUGAGUGUGUCGGCCCACAGCACCACCUGACCGGGUGUACAUCUUGGUCCACUGCUGGGGUCUCAUCUAACUCCCGCCCACAUCUCGGUGAUGGGAAGCGCUGUGUUGUGAAAGACGGGGUGACAUUGCAUGCUCUGUGCUGCCACGCUCCAUCGCUGGAGUGCCACCUGUUGGAAAACAUAUCAGCUGAUAAAGACCAGGUCGAGGUGACCUGUCCCUCCGGUUGGACUCUGACAGACUGUGGCACAGUCUCACAGGGCUCUGCUGUCUUGGGGCCUGUUGCUAAGGGCAACAGCUGCCGUGUCCGCGGUGCCACGGGAGGGGCGGCAGGCCUCGCCGUCUGCUGUCGUGUCAGACCAGCAGAGCAGCCCGUCACAGCUCCUCAAUGAGCCUGUCUCAGACCACUUUAAAGUCCUGCACCUUGAGAACAGCCUUGAUAUCUCUCUAUUACAGCGUUGGUGUCUUUGUCUUUCAGCAGCUUUGACGUCCUUUAGAGCCCUGAAUACACCUUAAUACAACAACCGACAUUCAUGUGUGACUGUAAACACUUGUGUAAAGCUCUUGGUGUGUGUUUCAGUUGUAGGAUUAGGCCAACACAUGCUUCAAUGCACAUAUUGUAUUAAUGCCUCAGACUCAUUAGCUUUUUUAAGCCAUAUACCAUACACCGUUUGUAAAAUGGAACCAGAUGUUUUUGUAUCUUUUUACAAAAUUAGAAUAAUAAAAAGAGCUUUCAUGAACAUAA